GUCUGCCCCUUGGUGGCUAAUGCAGUAUCACAGUUGAACCCUCAACUGAAAACUCUCAAUGUUGUAGCCCAGGUGGACCAGUAUGCAGAGAUUGACUAUUCAAUGGUGUCAUCGCCCAUGGUUUCACAGUCUUCUAUAGACUUGAGCUUGAAGGGUGAAUUUUACAACGUUGGGAAGCAUCAGGAGCCUCCAUUCUCCCCCACACCCUUUUCUCUCUCAUCCCAGCUCAGCAACAUGCUGUACUUCGGUAUGUCUGCCUUCACCGCCAACUCUGCAGCUUUUGUCUACAACAGCGCUGGAGCCCUCAGUUUGUACAUAACUGAUGAUAUGGUGAGCUUCGUCCUCCCGAUUCCUUAAU